UGAACUGUUGAGGUUGGAAGCAAGUCACGAGUCAAUUCCUAUCUAGAGGUUUUCUUCUUCCCAAUUUUUACUUCAUCGACUUUAAAAUCGUUGAAAAGUAAGACUGAAUGCGCCAUGUGUACAAUAUAGAGAUUGGCGGCAGUACGUAAGUGUUCCAACAUAGCGGCAGAUUCUCUACAGAAAUGAAGAAGAAGAAGAAGAAACGACGGAAUUUCCGACCCCAGAUAAUAAAUGCGUCAUCUUUAACGAAGAAACUUCGUGAUUUCUCCGUAAAAUAUGUGAAGAUUUCUGAAGAAUCCACUACUCAUGCCAGGACGUUGGUCAAAGACUACAUUGAAGGCCAGGUCAUAGCGUUCUGCCGAGACCAUUUCGUCAUUGAGAUACUAAAACUGGAGUAUACCGGCAGCUUUUACGAGGGUUUAAAGACUGAAGCUGCUGAUGAGACCGACAUCAUGGUAAUACUGAAAACACCAAGUACAGGGAUCGAGGUUAUCCAGUCCCAAUUUCCCGGUUACGUCCGUCUCAGAGCAAGUAGUGCCCAAGUGUUCAAGGAGUAUUUGAGUGCAGAAGGCUAUAUUAAUGCCAAGAAGCUUCGAAAUAACUGGUUCUACAGCCUUGUUCACCUCGCAGUUAAUAAUAUCAAACCAAAAUCGCCAUGCUCUGAGGUUCGUCUGGUUAGGCGUCGCCACGGACCAGCUGUCCAGGUGGACAUUUUCAGGAAAGGAUCUGACGAGAAGUUUUUAUCAGUUGAUCUCGUUCCUAGCCUCCAAGUCGAGGAGAGCUGGUAUGUGCCGAAGCCUUUUACGGGGAAACGAUAUUUGUUAAAAAACGAGUUUCUCUGGAGAAAGACAUUUUCACCGAAGGAGAAACAACUCCUAGCGUCCAUGGACAGCAAAGACCAAGGCUGUAGGCACGAGCUCCUUCGAAUCGUGAAGACCGUAGUCAAGAGGCCGGUGACAUCUUUACCACUGGAUUCAUAUCACUUGAAAACCGCCUUCAUGCACUACAUCAAAAGGGGAGACCUGGAUUGGGCAAGUGGAGACGCGUUGGGGAAAAAUUUCGUUGGAUUUCUUAGAGAAUUACAGAGUCAUAUGGCGAGCAGAAAUCUUCCUCACUAUUGGUUGGGUGAUGUAAACGUUUUGGAUGAUUUCAAGAAAGGGGUUGUCCAGCAGAUGGCGUAUCGUUUAAGAAGCAUCCUAAACAGCGAAGCAAGGCUGAACAAGAUACUCAAAUAGCCUUCAUGACUCUGCUAUAUCUGUCUCUCUCGUACAAUCA